CGUUUACAGAUCGCCAUGUUCUGCCGACAAGGACCGUAAAGCCGAUGAUAACACGGAUUUUUAAGAUAACAGUUACCAUAUUGAAGACUUUUAAGAGAACUGCAAUGCACGUUAGUUGAAACACGUCAAACUUAUCAGUACUAACAUUAUGGAUGGCAUGUUGAUGGAAUGGGAGAAAAUGUUGCCUGACCCAAAUGAACUUGAUGACCUUGAUCAGUCUGACAUCAUAGACAAUGAUCUCUCCUUGUUUGAUAGAAAAAACGAGUCACCUAUUUUACUGGAUAGUGCAAAUCUGGAAGACUUUCAAACUACAGACAAUUCCAUACAAAGUCUCAAGCCAAGGGAUGUAAUUCUGGAAGGUAAACAGGUAGGCGAAAUAACUCAGUCAUCUGUUGUCCAAGAUAGUGCAGAAACUCUAAAGUUGAUAGAUGAACUUAACUCAAGUGAGACAUUUGAGGAAAGUCAUCCCAAUGUGUCAAAAAGUCAAAUAAAUGAAAAAGAAAUGGUGCAUGACAAGACCAAAAAUAUAGAUCACAUGACAACUGAACCAAGUCAUGUGAAUGGAGAGGUCAAGAAUGGGGAACUCAAGGUCACUAUUCACAAUGAAAUACAGGGAAAAACAUGUAACGGAAGUGAUUAUGAAAAAAGUUUGACUAGCAACUUUGAAAACUGCAUAGAUUCUCCUCUACAAAUUAGUGAUGUUAGAACAGGAGAUAUACCGCCAGAAAAAGAAUUUCAGUCUCAGGUGAAAAAAAGUACAUUAGAUGAAACUGAUGAAAAUAAUUUACGAGCUGGAGAGAUCAAUAAAGAACACAACAAUAAAGACAAUAGUGGUAUUGAACUUGCAAUUUCAAAUGUAACAGGAUCAGUUACUUCAUCAAAUAAUGAACAUGAUGAAAUACCUGAUGAAUUGGAUGCAUCGCUCGGCGACAAAAACAAUUUGAGCAAAAAUAACAAUGUUCUGGCAAAGAAAAAAGGUCAUGAAAAUAAAAAGCUAAGUUUAUCAGAUGUUUCUAAUGAGACAGACAUUAAUUCUACUAACAGUAAGAAGCAAGGGGAGAUAACUCCCAAUGAAAGAAAUGACAAUCAUCAGGGAAAAAAGACUGAUGAAUAUAAUGACUUUGUUAUGCUUGCUAUAAAGGAAGAACCUAUGGAUUAUGAUGAUUAUGCAAAACCUGAAGAAUUUAUGACCAAUUUUUAUAAUGAUAUGGAUGGCCCGGUCAAUGAGAGUUGUGAAGGGGAGAGCAACGGGCAAGUUGAUGCCUUUGGAACAAGCUGCCCUGUUAAUGAUUACACAUUAACAGACACAGGGUUGUUUCAGUGUGUAUACUGUAGCGUAAGGCUUCCAUCCUUUGAAGACUUUGAAAAACAUUUUAAUAUGAGACAUAGUACAAUGUACAAAUGCAAAUAUUGUGGGGAUAAAUUUUACCGAUCACAGGAACUGGCUAUUCAUUGUCGUAUUUCACAUUCUAUAGAAAAGACCAACGAAAACAUGAAAUAUCGUAUAAAACAAUCUGUAUAUAAAACCAAUGACAAGAACAAUAAACAUACACCUACAGGAAAUACAGUAACAAAGAGAAAAAAGGCCAAAGUUUACACAGAUGAAGACGGCAACCAAAUAUAUAAGUGUGCUUAUUGCUCAAAAAAAUUUAGUGUGCAGCAAGCAAUGGCAUCCCAUGUCAGAAAUGCUCAUAUUUAUUUAACUUCACAAAACAAAGAUGCCAAAAGUAAAAAGGCAAAGAACAGUCAUGGAAAAUCGGUGAAGCGAAAAGUUCGUCCUGAGACUGAAAAUUCUAAUCCAGACAAAGGGAAUGAGAAUGAAAAGGAUGAAGAGAAAAAUCAGAAUGAGGCUGAUAAAGAAACUACCAGAAGACAAGAUGAUAAUAAGCCAGUUCUACCAUACAGAAAUAUGUCCUUUGAAUCAGAUUCUAGUCAAAUAGAAGAAUCUUUAGCUAAUGCUGACUGUUCUUUGAAAAGAGAAUUAAAAAGUAAUCAAAUUUAUCAUUGCUCAAAAUGUACUAAAUGGUUUUAUCGUGAGAAACAAGUGGUAAAUCAUGAAAAGACCUGCACUGGAAUUAAACAAGAACCUGUUUUCGAGGAAAUGGAACAGAAAAUAAAAAUAGAUGUUGAUAAUCAAGAGAGUGAGCAGAAACAUGAGAAAGGCAGAUUAGUAAAUCAGACUGAAAUAAAUGAUGUCGAAUUAAGAAUUAGGUCUGAAAUUACUAAAAAGUUACGAGAGAAAAUGUUGAGGAAGAAAAGCAAGGGCGUAACAAUAAUCAGCAAAUCAGGAAAUCUUCGACAUAUUAGAGAGAGAGUGAAACCAUGUGAAGAUAACUUCCUUCCAAAGUACUUCUGUAAAUAUUGUCCGUCCUCAUUCGAAGAAGGAAAAGUCAUGAACUUGCACUUACUUAAACAUUUAGGAGAUGUUGUUAGGAGAGCAGACCAUUAUAAAUGUAAAAUAUGUAAAUGUCUAAAGAGAUCUACACCUAUGUUGUUACAUUUACAGCAACACACUGGUUAUCAAGUCAAACAACUUUAUCAGUUACCAGCCAUUCCAGAGUGCAGUAUUUGUGGAAAGCCAUAUUUAAAUGGUCUACGUCUCAAAAACCAUAUAUUGAAACAUGGCAACAAUAACACAAAUUCUUUGAAUUUAGAUGCUGUUAUAAAAGCUGGCUUAGUCAGCAGUUCCAUUGCAAAUACAUGUUUGAAUGUUAAAAAUAACGAAAACUCUUCUUUUUUAAACAGAACUGAAACAAACAGUGAACAUAUAUACAGUGAUAUGGUUUCAUCGAAUGGAAAAAAUAAUGAAUCCUCAGUUACCUCUCAGAGACCUGUUAGUUUAGAUGACAUACCUUUUCAGUGUGGAAUGUGUCAGGCUCGUUUCCCAAACUCACAGUAUCUUCUUCAUCAUAUAACACUCCAUAUGCAAGGACCAUAUGUAUUUAAAAUAGAAGUAGACAAAAAGGAUAAGAACAAGAAAGAAAAAGCUGAAAGACCAAAAUUAACUAGUGGCAACAUUAUGGUUCAGAGGCAAUCUGUUACUGUACCAAAAGCAACACACAAGAUGGAAACAUUAAAAUCUAUAGAUAUCUCUGGCACUACAUCCAUGACAACACCAAUUGAAAAGCCUCUUCCUAUAAUAAUUAACAUGCCAGAUGUCAAGAAAUAUUCAAACGAUACUGCUGGUUUCCAAAUGACAACUGGUACCAUCUGUAACACUGUGAAUUCCAUUGCUCAGGAUCAUAUGUACACCACCUCAAUUUUACCACAGGCAAAUGCUUCAUGUUCACAUCUAGUAUCAACACAGACUGAUAAUGAUCAUGAUUCGUCAGAAACUGAAUCAUGUGUUUCCUCAAGUGUUGAAUCACUGCCAGACUAUGAUACAGACGAAUGUAAGCAAAUGGAAAAACAAGCAAAUAAAACAAAAAAAGUGAAAACAGUAAAAAGAGCAUCUUCUGUUUUUGAAGGAAAAAAGAAUGUAUUUAUAAGUGCUAGGGUUCCAAAUUUUAAGAAGUGUCUUGAUAUUGCUAGUGGUGAAUGGUUUGAAUGUCCGUAUUGUUUAUUUUUAUGUCAGACCUCACCUGAAUUGGAACUUCACAUGCAAAAUCACAAUGAGCGUAAGGAUCUGAAAAGUGAACCGUGUCCAGUGUGUGAUCGAAAGUUUGUAUCUAAAUGGCAUCUCUCUAGACAUAUAGCAACUCAUAAACAAAAUCUUUAUGUGUGUGCUUUCUGUGACGAAUCAUUUGCAACCUCAAUUCUCGUCAUGGAGCAUAUGGCUGAAGUACAUCAACAAUGACCGUGAUUUUACUCAAACCAUAGAAAUUAUAUACAUUAGCUACCUUUAACAUAGGAUAUAUUGUAAAUUCAGAAAUUAUUGAGAUAUUUUUAUUAACUGUGAAUAAUGCGACUGGGUGAGUAUCGCAAUAAUAAGAACUCACAUUCUCAUAACAAUACAUAGACAUAUAUCUAUGCAGAUUUUUAUUGAAAUUGCAAUCAUUUAACUUAAAUUUUUGUCCAUUCUUCAAAAAUCUCAAAAAUAAAUGCAAGCAAUAAUUUAUGAAUUUACAGUAUACAAUAGUCUAUUUGCCAAUUCCCACCAAUAACCCAAUUACCGACUGGAUUCUGUUGUCAUGGUUGUAACACAAGUUGUUUCCCUUUGUCAAUUGUAGUCACUGGUUCUAAAAUAGACAAUAUAGGCUGCUCUCCUUUAGCAUGCUAUUCUGUAAGUGACCCUGUUAUUAGAGAUCCAUUUGUACAAGUUCUUUACCUAAAGAUAGAUGACAUCAGUUUUCAGUUACUUAAAAGAUCUAGCUGUAAAUCAUGUAAUGUGUGUGACCUUCAAGUUUUUGGGAUAUUUUAAUUACAUUUAUUCUUUUGUAAAGUUAAAAACAUUUAAUAAUGAUAGUUUCAUUUAUUUAAUUAAAAAUAGGUUGAAAGCAAAAAUAUAUUUCAAGCUUUGCAUGCUUCUGGAAAGCAGUGCAUUCUGCCAAGCAGUGCAUUCUGCCCAUUUCAAAACUUGUCAACAAUUGGCAAAGGGAAGCAACUUGUGUUAAAAAAGUCUGCUAGUUCGAUUGUUUUCAUAAAAAAUAGUAGUUUAUAAAUAUUAGAAACAUGAUUCAAAGCAAAAUUAUUACAAAACAACUUUUAGCUUUCCAAAAAUGAUUGAAUGAAAAUUUAUAAUAUUCUAGUUGUUUUAACAAAAAGGAAAAUGUUUUCGUGUCAUAUUAGAUUACAAAUGUAUAAAUGAAACAAAAUCAUAUGUUAUUCAUAUAAAGAUGGAGGUAUGAAUAACCCCAUUUUUUGGCCACUUAAAUUUUCAAAUAUUGUAAAAUUCUUCUAAAUCCUAUAAAAAUUAUGUAAAUAAAAUAUAUCAUUAAGGAUGAUAAUGGGCAGAAAUUUUGCUGUGAUGCCAUGAUCUUUUAAAUUACCUCAUUUUUAUGGUUUAUUGGUUGAUGUUAAGUUUUUUUAAUGUUGGACUUAUAUCUCAAAGACUAUUGGCAUAUAUCCAAUCAAUCAAUUUAGUAGGAAAGAUACAUGUAUUAUAGUAUGUGCUCUCUUAAUCUAUUUUCAAAUCAAAAAGUACCUUAACAAUUCUUGAAAGGCUAAUGGCUUCUGAAACAGUAAAAGUCAAGUAAACCUGAUAGAAAACUUGGAUCUUUCUUUUUUUUGUACAUACAUACCAGACAACAAGGGCCUUUUGAAACACUAGUUAGGACUACCGGUAUGCCAAGGCAUUUAAAUGAACAAAUUCACAUGUGAAAGUGUAAAUUUGUUGACAUUUAUGGAAAUUUCCAUAGUUAUUGAAAUCAGGGUAAAAAUACCAUUUUUAUGAGAUAUAUAAGAAUCUAAGGUCUUAGUUUUAUAAGAUAUUGUUUUAGAUAUCUGUAAUUAUAUGAAUUUCAUUGUAACAAGAAAUGUUCUUUAGUUAAAUAUAUUCCACAUGUUCAUACUGUGGAUUCAUUUAUUUUUUGUGGAUAGUAAUUUGUGUGGAUUGAGGAUAAAUUGUAUUUUUGUGGUUUGCCAAAAUCUGCAUACAACCUAUAGACAUGAUAGAAAAUAUGUAAUUUUUUUAUCACAAAAUUUUUUUAAUUUCUGGUUCACCUUUACCCACAGAAUCCACGAAGUUUGGUAUCCCACAAAUGAUAAUGUAAUAGUACUUGAAAUAUAACUGAUACAACCAAACAUUUAAAAAGGUCAAAGUCCAUCUUGUUAAGGUUUAGUCAUAGUAUAAUGUUCCAAAUUAUCAUUAGUCUCAUCAGCAGAUCAGUCAUUUUUCAUAAUUUUAGUUUACGCAAAUUAAAAUUUUUUAACAUGUUUAAUUUUAUGUUGAGAUCAAAUUUUGAUAUAUAAUUUUUAGGAUUAAAUACAUAACCUUUAGUUCUUACUUUUUUUCUGAAUUAAUUUUUGAUCCAAAUUAUUGUUGAAUAAACUUAUGUCUUACUGCAUCCUACUAAGCUUAUAAUGUUAGGGAUCCUGUGUCCAAUAUUAGUGGCAAAUUCAGGGGCAUAGAGAGCCUAAACCCCCCUCCCCCUCCUCCUUUUGGUUGGAAAAUUUAUAAUUUAUCAUAAAAUUGGCCCAAAUUUUUUUCACCUAGCUAUGCUUGACAGUUUAUAUACAGUAAUCUGGAAUUACACCCCUCCUUUAAAAAAUCCUGGAUCCAUCCCUGAAUAUCAGAAAACACAGUACUUUUGACACAAUCAGAACAUUUUGAAGGAAAGAGUUUUCAUUACCUGAUGCUUAGUUAAUAAGAAAGGCUAAUUAAUUACCUCCUUCUAAAUUUAAAAAAAAUGUUUUCCGUAAAUUCAAAUUAAAUAUAAUGAUUAUAAAUCUUUAAUGUACAUAUAUAUAUAUUUAUAUCAAACAUUUUGUCAAAAGGUUGUUAACUUAGCAUUGUUAUUGUUGAUUGUUGUUGUUUUUCAAACAUAAAAUCAUAAAUACACACUUAUCAGAAGAUGUUGUUGAUAUUAUAAGUUACUAUGGAUUCAUUUAUUUUUGUGGGUACCAAUAUUGUGUAUUUGGGAAAACUUGCAUUUUCGUGGGUAUUUGAUUUCAUGGUUUUUCCGAAGUCUGCAUACGUUGAAGCCUAUAGAAAAUUUGUGAUUUGUUGAAAUUUCAUAUUAGUGGUUCACCUAUACCCACGAAAUCCACAAAAAUAGGUAUCCCACGAAAAAUAAUGAAUCCACAGUUUGUAGAAUCAAUUAAAUUAUGCUCCAUUGUUACAUUCAUUUUUCAGUUUGUUGUGUUAGGGGGAAAAUGUUUACGUCUUGAAAUUCAUUUAAAUCAUCAUACAGGAAACUGUCCUGAACGAACUUGGUGUAGAUUCUUAAGGACCUGGUGUCUAUUAAAUGUAAUGGCAGAUAACAAAAUUUACAAAAAUGUGGGUUAUGUUCUUCACUGUUUAUUUAGAACUUCCACACAUGCAUCAGGCCAAAUUAAAAAAAAGGGAGAUUACUCUAAUUUUUCAAUAACUUUUGAAAAAAACUUCCUGUGACUGAUGUUAAUAUCAUCUUCUUUUUCGGAUUUAAUUUAAUAUCUGGUUUUGGUGAGCAAUUUCUUUCAUCGUGGAGUUUAAAAUUUGUCAGGAUUCAUCACACAGACCUGAAUGACUAUUCAUUUAUUAACAUGUGACUAUACUGAAUAAUUUUUUUUGGGGAUACGUUUACACUAGACUUUAAAGACAUAAUGAUUUUAGACAUGUUGAUUUUAAAAAUUAACCAGAUCUCUUUUGUUUUAAAGUUUAUUUUGACCUUAUAGUAGACAUGAGUGAAAUUUUGAAAAAAUAUGGAAUAUUACCUUGUUAGCAGAUAAAUCAGCAACUCUUGUGACACAUGGUAGAAUAGAUAGUUAUGUGAUUUUUUACAAAAUUUUGUUCUUUUUGGUGAUUAUUACAAAAUUGUGUUUUUAGUAGAUGAAUUUACAUUGUAUGUUAUAGACAUAUCAUAAUACUGUGGAUUCAUUAUUUUUCGUUGGAUACCAAUUUUCGUGGAAUUCGUGGGUACAUGGAAACCACGAAUUUAAAUGUUCAACGAAUUGCAAAUUUGCUGUAUGAUUAAAUGGAGAAUUUUGGAAAACCACGAAAUCAAAUAUCCACUAAAAUGCAAGUUUUCCUCAAUCCACGAAAAUUGGUACCCUCGAAAAUAAAUGAAUCCACAGUAUUUAAAAAUGAGUUACUUGUAUGAGGAAAACAGGGUUUGAUUUCAAUAUGAUUUUGAAUUAUAUGGCACUAUAAAACAGUAUAAAUAUAAAUGAGAAGCUGAGCACUUUUUAUACUUGAUUUAUUGACAAAAAGAAUUAUAAGUAAUAGAGAGUACUAAGGGUAGAAGAAGCAUUCAUAUUUGCAUUGUAGAUUUAUACCAAGUAAAAUUGCAUUUCUAAAAUUCACUUCAUAAGUGAUUUUUUCAGAGAUUUAAAAAAUAUUUUGGAGCAACAGUUCUAACAACAUUAUCAUAAUUAUUGAGAAUUUUAAGUGGCCGCUAAUAAAAUAUUUUGUUUUUCUU